AUGUCGGAUCAAAAAGCGAUUGAAACGAUUCCCAGCAUUCCAUCAAAACCAUCUCCAUCGCGUAUCCCUGUCCUCCAGAAGGGCUACCAAUUUGAAAAGUCGACUGAAGAGGAGAAAUCCACAAAAACUGCUAUUCCGUUGACAUCGAAAAUUCCGAGACCACUGAUUUUUAUCGAUCGUUACAAUGUCUCGAGUCUCUCCAACACGGCAGAGACUUCUGAAUUGCCAAGUUUUACUCAAAAAACUGGCGACUCGUUCACCCACUCCACCAUGGUCACUGGCACCCACUCGGCCACCAUGCCACCCGGACUUUCUCCACUUCCAUAUUGCUCAUCUUCUAGUAAUUCUUCCGAAGACAUUCAAAACCAAGUUUUGGUGGUUUCCGAGGCAUCCAACGGGCUCCAGAUGACGUUUGACAUGCAAAAAGUGGUCUCUGCGUUUGGGUUGGAUUUUGCAGGAAUCAAGAUCAUCUGA